AUGAAGUACCUCGAUCUUUGCGCCCUCCACGAGGUCAACCUCGCCCUUAAUUUCGACACCCCUGACUCGGCUGUCAUCGGCGGCUGCGACGUGUGGACUAUCAAGGCCGCAGGCAGCGAUAAAAAGCUGUACAAGCGCAUCGAGCGCACUCUUGAAGAGCGCCACCAGGAGCUGCUCGCAGCAGUCGCGCAUCUUCCGCAACGAUCAGCCGCACAGUUCUCCGACGAGCUCAACAUCGCCCGCGACACCCCCUUCGGCAGCUUCAACGAGGCCGCAAAUCGGCAUACCUUCGCAUACCUGAUAGCCACGCUCAACGCAACUCAUAUCGACUAUGACUUCGCCAAUACGUUGAAUCCCGAUGAGUUCCGUCGCGAAACGCGAAAGUCGUUCGUGCACAGAGUAGACACUACCAUGUACUACCUUCGCCCGCAGGUCUAUAGCCAGGGGCUUCCCGCCGGCGCUCUGACCCCGCUCGGCUCGCCCAUAUGGAGUCCGCGUUCGUGGCAGCUUGUGGACAGUGAGAUGGACAUGGCCAACUGCGAAUACUACGCCUGGGAACCCUCGGACGAUCCAUUCGCAGAUGACGGCGCUAUCUGGAGCCACCACUGCUUCCUGUACAACAAAGAGCGCAAACGCGUUUGCUACUUCUACCUCCGCGGCAUCUCCUCGCUUUCGAACUCGCCCGCCGUCCCCACUUCUCUUAUAACGCGGUUCAAACAUGCCCAACAUGAGACCAGCUCGAACGCAGGCAGUAGGAAACGCGCCGAGUAUUGGUUGGGUGCUAAGGCGAAAAAGGGGCUAGAAGAGUAUGGCGAGAGCGAUGAGCUGGACAAUAUGGUGAUCGAUCACCCAGGAGAAAUAGUUGACGCGGAUGAAGAGGAUUGGGAGACGGGCCGCGAGACGAGCAUGGGCGCCGAAUAUUGGUCCAGCGAUGGCGACAGCGACGUGGAGAGUCUCAAGGAGCGCGAAAUGUCCAGGGAGACCAGCCGCAAGCCCAGCAACGUGCGCGCUUGGAGCCAAGGCGAAAUGGAGAAGAUGGAGCUUUAA